UGCUGGCACGACGGUGUGGAUGGGGUUCUGUGUUCGGUUUUAUUUUCCACUGAGGAAUAUCAGUCUUGUGCAAAUCUCGAAUAUCCUCACUAUUGAAAAAACAAUUCCCUGAAUCAGCCUCACAAGCCCCUGGUCAAAGUGUGCACCCAGUGGGUGCCGGUGACAAGAGGGUCACCCCUAGAUAACGCCGUCGAGUCCUCAAGACUACCGGCGUUCCAACGGCAUCAGCCAGCUUUAUCCCCGCUAAAAUUCACCGUGGAAAUCACCGCCAAAUCAUCCAGACGUAGCCCUCAACCCUUAAACCCAAACAAACAACCCUCCACAAUCAUCAACACCCACAAUACCUUCGACAUCCUGAAUAUUCUCGAUAUUCUCGAUAUUCGCGAUAUUCUGGUGCUGGGGGCAGUCCCCUGCCCACUUGCCCAAUAACCUCCAGAGACUCCUAGAUCCCCCACCCCUCAACAGAGAAAAAAAACCAUCACCACCCCAUACGAAAAAACCCCAAGAAUUCCACUGAUUCCACCCACUCCAUCCCCCAUCACCCCCUUCACCGAUUCCACGGAAUUUACCUGCUGGAUAAGCCGCAAGCACUGAAAAAAAAUCACCAGCCAUGAAGCUCGUGGACCACGUGGUGAGGUCCUUCAAAGUGGCCAAAGUCUUCCGUGAAAACACCGACAAAAUAAACAGCAUCGACUUCUCCCAGAGUGGUGACACCCUGAUCUCCUGCUCCGAGGACGAUCAAAUAGUGAUCUACGACUGUGAAAAAGGCACACAGAUGAGAACAGUUAAUUCAAAAAAAUACGGUGUCGAUUUAAUCCACUUUACACACGCCAAGAACACAGCUAUUCACAGUAGCACAAAAGUCGACGACACAAUUCGUUACCUCAGCCUCCACGACAACAAAUACAUAAGAUAUUUUCCCGGCCACACGAAGAAAGUUGUCUCGCUUUGCAUAAGUCCAGUGGAGGAUACAUUUCUAUCAGGAUCACUCGACAAAACCCUGAGACUGUGGGACCUGCGUUCACCAAAUUGUCACGGUGUUAUGAAUGUCUCUGGUAGGCCAGUAGCUGCUUAUGAUCCAGAGGGGCUAAUCUUCGCUGCUGGUGUUAAUUCAGAGUGCAUCAAGCUUUAUGACCUCAGGAGCUUCGACAAGGGGCCAUUUGCCACAUUCAAACUGUCACAGGAGAAAGAGUGCGAUUGGACUGGAUUGAAAUUCAGUAGAGAUGGCAAGACUAUUCUCAUUUCAACCAACGGCAGCAUCAUCAGGCUCAUCGAUGCCUUUCAUGGUACACCUCUGCAGACAUUCACUGGACAUCUCAAUAACAAAGGGAUUGCCAUCGAGGCCAGCUUCAGCCCGGACUCGCAGUUUGUUUUCUCAGGAUCAACCGAUGGCAGAGUUCACGUGUGGAAUGCUGACACUGGGUACAAAGUUUGUGUUCUCAAUGGAGAUCAUCCAGCUCCUGUUCAGUGCAUACAGUUUAAUCCCAAGUACAUGAUGCUUGCAUCUGCCUGCACCAAUAUGGCUUUUUGGCUGCCCACUGUUGAAGAUACUGCAUAAAUUCAGAGGCAAUCACUUCAACUUGAAUUUAUGUUCAACUGGACACGCCCCGGCGGGAUGAUCUCAGAUGAGUUAUGGGGACUUUUCAUGAUGAUGAUGUUUUUUUUUUGUUGUACAAUAUUGAGUGACGAAUAAGGACACACGUGAAAACUG